AUGGCGUUGUACGUAGUGUUAAUUUGCUUUGGUCUUGUGCAGUGGAUAGAAUCAGGAGGUGUCCCACUUACUGAAUGUGGGUCGCCCGCUCCUAUUCGCCCCGUGCCACCUCCAACAGCUUGCACAGAUAAGGAUAAUGUUCUUUGCACUGCAGUUUUUGCUCCACUCGGUUCAGAUGCUGCAGCAAAUGCAAAUCCUGCCAACCCUUUUUUGGUUAAUCCAUUUUGUCAAAAUGCGUCGCUGAGAGCAAAUGCUGUAAAUUUAUGUCCGUCAUCCUGCGCGGUGUGCUGUUUAGCACCUGAAUUCUCAUGCAGCAAUGCUGCGGGCGCUGACUGUACACCUUUUACUACUUUGCCUGAUCUCUGCACAAACCCGCAAACGGCGCCAACAGCAUUGGAAAAGUGCCCUAGCACGUGUGGGUUAUGCAACAGGCCUGGAGCACUUGGUGGUUGCCCAAAUGUUGCCGCAAACUGCGCCCAGCUAUUGCCCCUUUUGACAUGCACAAAUGCAUAUAUGCAGGCGAACUGCAUGACGACAUGCAACAUUACAACUUGUAUAUGUAAAUGUUUUGUUCUUUCAUUCAGUCGUUUUCUAUUUGAGAAUGCCACAACAGCGGCCGCAUCGUCAUGCAUGGACACUCGAGCGAAUUGCGCGCAAAUGUCAUCGUUUUGCAAUAUAUCACCGUAUUCUACCGUUAUGAGGGAACAGUGUAGAAGAACUUGUGGCAUAUGCCGUUAG